AUGCUCACUUACAGCUUCAUAGUACUUGCGACGGUGUAUGCCGCCGCAAUCGUCGCCGCUCCCGCUCCUGCUGCCAAGCCUCCUUCUGUCCGGUUGGACAGCGGGACGUUCACGGGAGUGUCAGACGGGGUGAGCGAUGCGUUUCUCGGCAUCAAGUUCGCUGACGCCCCACGGUUCUCCCUUCCCGUUCCUGUUGGCCCCUACAUCGAUGAAGAGGAUGCAGUCGACUUCGGUCCAGCUUGUCCUCAGCAGGGCUCUACAGAUGUCCGUUCAAUGGUCGAUGAUCCAGCUGCUGGCGUCCUUGUCUCCGAAUGGCGGUAUCCAAUCAGAGCCAAGCUUCCCCCGUCAGAAGAUUGCUUGAAUCUCAAUGUUUGGGUACCGGCUGGCACUAACUCCACAGCUCGGCUUCCGGUCGCGGUGUGGAUCUUCGGUGGUGGCUUCGAGACCGGCUCGGCAGACACGUACGAUGGCGGUGUCAUUGUGAAGCGUUCCAUCGAGUUGGACGAGCCAGUGAUCUACGUCAGCAUGAACUAUCGCGUAUCCGCUUUUGGUUUCAUCGCUGGCGAAGAGGUGAAAGCCGAAGGCGUUGGUAACAUUGGUCUAGAAGAUCAACGCGUUGCUUUCAAGUGGAUACAGAAGUACAUCGCAGACUUCGGGGGAGACCCAGAGCGCGUCACUAUCUGGGGCGAGAGUGCAGGCGCGAUCUCCGUUGCUUUACAUAUGUUGACCAAUAGCGGCGAUCCCGAAGGGCUCUUCCACGGCGCAUUCAUGCAAUCAGGUGCUCCGAUUCCUGUCGGCGAUAUUGCCAAGGGCCAGAGCGAGUACGACCAACUUGUUCAGAACACUCCAUGCGCAGACAUUGCAUCACCAAAAACCUUGGAGUGUUUGAGGACCCUUCCCUUUGAUGUUCUGAAACAGGCCGUGGAUAAAUCCCCCGGUAUUAUCAGCAAGCAAUCCCUUCGCCUCGCGUGGCUUCCCCGCGUUGACGGAAGGUUCUUGACUGACACGCCCCAGAAUUUGGUACUUCAGGGUAGCGUUGCUCGGAUCCCACACGUAUCUGGGAACGUGAACGACGAAGGCACACUCUUUUCCAUCAUCAACUCUUUGACUGUUUGGACAGACAGGGGAUUCCAGUCAUAUAUGCGUUCUAACUACGUCGAUGGGGCUACGGACGACGACAUUGGUGAUCUUUUCGAUACCCUUUAUCCAAACGAUCCGAGUCAGGGCUCGCCCUUCGACACUGGCACAAACUAUUCGCUCCCUCCGCAAUACAAGCGCUUGGCGGCUAUUCAAGGGGACCUCGUAUUCCAGGCUCCGAGACGCUUCUUUGUAGAGCAUACAUUUGAUAAGCAGCCCACGUGGUCGUUCCUUAGUAAACGCACGCUCACGAUCGGUGAUAGCGCAUUUGAGCUCGGCCGUUUUGGAGCCGCCCAUGGAAGCGAUCUUGGUAAUGUCUACGGUCCGGGAGACAUGACCAGCUAUCUCAUUCACUUCGUCAAUCGCGGCGACCCGAACGGCGCGGGGGACGGUCUAAUUGAGUGGCCCACGUAUGAUAAUCAGACUCGGCAGCAGCUGACGUUUGUGGACGACAUCGACACCCCCUUGAAUAUCACGAGGGAUGAUUACCGAGUCGACGGUUUCAGCAAAUUGACGGAGCUUUCCCUGAGGUUCCCUCUCUGA